CCACGUCUCACUACCUACAGUUGGUACAUACGAACUACACACAACUAUCCCUAUGUGCUGCCUUCUAAAAAGAGGGUUGGCCACCCAGCACAGAACAUGAGUCAGGUAACUGUAACAGAACGUUGCCGCUGAGCUCCGGUGAAUUUUGGACACGCAUCGAUUCGGUUUGGGAGGCAGGGAGUGACAAACAUAUUCCUCUGAAAGGGAUUUUUCUGUACUCUCAUGUGUAUUUUAAAAACCUUAUAGACGUUUUAAGUUUCACGUUUUCGUGUGUCUGCUGCACUGAUGUGACGAGUUUUGCGUUUCAAAAGCGGAUACAACGCUCAGGUGUUUGUUUUUCAUAGGUGGAUUUUCUGCCUUUUUAAAAAGUAUUCCUAAGUAGAGCAGCGACAGGAGGUUUUACCCUGCGGUAUAUUUCUUUAUUGCAAUACUCUUGUUUACCACGUCAGUUUUUUCUUUCUUUCGUUUUUAAAUAUUUAAUUUGCAACCACCGACAACGCCGAGUGGCCACGUUGGAACAAACAGAUUGAAGAUGGACGAGGCAGAGAAGUACACACAGAGACUGCAGGCGAUCACUGAGAAGCGUCGUCUGCAGGAGGAACAGGAGAGGGCCAAGAGGGAGAUGGAGGAGGAGAGGCUGAGGCUACAGCAGCUCAAGAGGAAGUCUCUUAGAGACCAAUGGCUGAUGGACGGCCCCUCUUCCCCAACAUCCUCAGAGCCUCGUUCCCCGCUGUGGGGCUCCCAGGUCCAGGAGAUGGAGCAACGCAUAGACAAGUUGCAGACAGAGAGUCAACGGUUAGCGGAGGAGGAGGAGAAACUGGAGCAGCAGAUGGAAGAUGGCCGAGCUAAUGCGGUGGUGGUGGAGGCUACAGCAGAAGCUGUCCAAGCAGUUAUCUUGGAGAAUGGACAGGAAGAAGUAGAGGCUGAAUCUGUUCUAGGAACAGUUGAGGCAGCACUAUUGGAACGAGCUGAGAUCCUCACCAAUGGGAGAGGAGAGGGUGAGGGGCAAGCUGCUACCCACGAUGCAUCAGAGGAGGGCGGACCGCCCAACGGCACCAACGGUCCAGUCACGGUCGUCCCUGAAGAUGGUGCCAUUACCAUGACGUUCCUGGGGUUCACGGAGGCGGAGCCAGUACUUGAGGAAGGAGGAGUGAUCAUGAUGCGAGCGGAGCGAGUGAUUAUCAAUGACGAGGGAGACGAGCUGGCAAAUGACCUUUCCUCUACGGGUCAGGAACAGGAUGUAGACUCGGUAGCGUCCAAUAAGAGCUCAGAAUCUCCUGAGGAAGGGGGAAUUGAGGAGGCAAAACCAGAGACAACUCCUGAAGAGUCCUCAGAAGUAGCAAAAGAGACUGAGGCAGCGGCAGACACAGUAACAGGAGAUUUAGGAGAAGGACAGAUGGACACAGUAACCAGAGAUUUAGGAGAAGGACAGAUGCACACAGUAACAGGAGAUUUAGGAGAAGGACAGAUGGAGGGCGUGGCAAACAGUGGUGGAGAGGAAGAGGCACAGCCAGUAGAGGAAGCUCCUGUGUCUGACCUGCAGGUCCCAGAUGAUGGCGUUGUGGCUGCCGUUCCCGUCUACUCUGAGUCCUUACUCACCCCCAGGCCCGACGCAGAGGGAGAGGCUGCAGGCGAGCCGGCAGAGGGCGAUGUGGAAGUGAAGACUGAAGUGGAAGUCAAGGGGGAAGAGGCGGCCUCGGUGUCCCCGGAAUCAGCCAUCCUCCCUGGGGGCCAGUUCCUGGAGGUGUCCCUAGUGGAGCCCCGGACUGAGGCAGACCCUGAGCAGGAGCCCCUGCUGUUCCCAUCCAAGGCCCAGACCCUGGAGCAGGCUCCAGCCGCCCCAGAGACACUGACCGCUACCAGGGGAGAGGCAGAGGGAGGUGUCGGUGUGGCUCCCAAACGCCAGACCUGCCAGUGCUGCGCCGUCAUGUGAUCAAUCAUUUCGCUCUCUAUCUCUCUACCAAAUUCUCCAAUGCUUUCUCUGUGUAAUACUACAAGAGGGACUUGACUCUGCCUCUAACACUGUGAAUGAUGGGGGGUGGUAAGAUGGUGUGUUAUUACUGAAGUGCCUUGUGGAUCUCCUUCCCUAUGAGUAUAGCUCAGUUACCCAUCCAGAGGUACCUGGGUUUUGUUCAGUAGGGUGAAGUGCUUUGAAAUGAAAAAUAAAGACCAGUGUUUUUAUUAUUGGACCAGUUUCAGGUAGGCCCACCCUGUUCAAGUCAUGAUUGAAUCCUGACCAGUACAGUAGGGAUGUGGCAAAGGCCUGAGGAUUGUAUUAUGACCAGUACAGUAGGGAUGUCUGAAAGGCCUGAUAAUUGUAUUAUGACCAGUACAGUAGGGAUGUCUGAAAGGCCUGAUAAUUGUAUUAUGACCAGUACAGUAGGGAUGUGACAAAGGCCUGAGGAUUGUAUCAUGACCAGUACAGUAGGGAUGUGUCUGAAAGGCCUGAUAAUUGUAUCAUGACCAGUACAGUAGGGAUGUGUCAGAAAGGCCUGAGGAUUGUAUUAUGACCAGUACAGUAGGGAUGUGACAAAGGCCUGAGGAUUGUAUCAUGACCAGUAGAGUAGGGAUGUGUCUGAAAGGCCUGAUAAUUGUAUUAUGACCAGUACAGUAGGGAUGUGACAAAGGCCUGAGGAUUGUAUCAUGACCAGUACAGUAGGGAUGUGUCUGAAAGGCCUGAUAAUUGUAUUAUGACCAGUACAGUAGGGAUGUGUCAGAAAGGCCUGAGGAUUGUAUUAUGACCAGUACAGUAGGGAUGUGACAAAGGCCUGAGGAUUGUAUCAUGACCAGUACAGUAGGGAUGUGUCUGAAAGGCCUGAUAAUUGUAUCAUGACCAGUACAGUAGGGAUGUGUCUGAAAGGCCUGAUAAUUGUAUCAUGACCAGUACAGUAGGGAUGUGUCACAAAUGAAACCCUAGUCCUUACAAAGUGCUCUACUGUUGACCAGGGUGUAUGGUCUCUGGUCGAAAGUAGGUCACUGAGUGUACAAAACAUUAGGAACACCUGCUCUUUCCAUGACAGGCUGACCAGGUGAAAGCUAUGAUCCCAAUUGAUGUCACUUGUUAAAUCCACUUCAAUCAGUGUAGAUUAAAGAAGGAUUUAAAAAAAAAAGUUUUAUCCUUGAGACAUGUAUUGUGUGUGUGUAGCAUUGAGGGCAAGACAACAUAUUGAAAUGUUUUUGAACAGGGUUUGGUAGCAGGUGUCAGGCGCACCGGUUUCAGUGUCAAGAACUGCAAUGCUGCUGUGUUUUUCACAUGCAAUAGCUUUCUGUGUGGAUUAAGAAAGGACCACCACUCAAAGGACAUCCAACCAACUUGACACACCUGUGGGAAGCAUUGGAGUCAACAUGGGCCAGCAUCCCUGUGGAACGCUUUCAACACCUUGUAGAGUCCAUGCCUGGAAGGAAUUGAGGCUGUUCUGUGGGCAAAAAGGGGGUGUAAUUAUAUAUUAGGAAGGUGUUCCUCAUGUUUUGUACACCGUGUAUAUAAAGGGAAUAGUGGGCCUUUUUGGGUGCACUUAUGUCUCAACUUGAUAGUCUACAUACAGUUUGAGAUCUUUAUUCCAUUCUCUUUCUAUUUGUUGUAUGUGUUAGCCUUCUUGCUUACUUGAGUGUUAUCAAGGUUUGUAAAGUUCCAUUAACUUUCAGAAAAUGCCCAGGUUUUCCAGAAAUCAAAAUUCCCAGGUUUUCCUGGUUGGAGGGUUUUGGAUCUCCUGCCUAUUUCCUUCCUGAUUCAGGGAAUCUUCCAACCGGGAUUUCUGGAAAGUGGCCAGGACUUUGCAACGUUACCGUUUUCAUCUUAUUUUGGUCCAUUAUCAAUUGUUAAAGGGAAAGUAUGUUUUUAUAUCUAAAUGCAUUUUAUUUUAUCGGUGUAUUUUCCAUAGAAUACAUACAGUGCUCUGGCAUGUAUAUAGCUACCAUGAAAUCAAGCAGCAGUGGGGUUUAUGUAUAGAAUGUAUGUUUUCUCAACAGGAUACUUUUGAACCAAUCAAUAAUGAUUAAACUGACAUUUGUGAAAUAUUA